AUGGCUUCGCGGCCAAAGCCCUGUGAUAAUUGCCGGAGAAACCAUUCAAAGUGUGAUGACAGCACCCCAAAAUGUUCGAGAUGUCAGAAGUCCGGACGAGACUGCAUCCGCCGUGAAGCGACGCGCCAUUUCUAUAACAGCUCAACAAGUGUUACAAUAAAAUCGCCAGAAAAAGGAGCUGCCGUUUUUCAAUAUAUCGAUGAGACUCCCAAAUUCACAGGAACUCACACAGAGCAAAUAUCUCAAUCUGCCACCGGAGAAGCACAGGAUGGGGAUCCUAGAGCGACUAGUUCCACUAUUUUCUCAUCGGCCAGAGAGAAUGGAUACCAUCCAUCGUCACUUUCUCUUUCUGUUGUUGACCAACAGAGCCCAUCGAGCCGAUUGAGCCCUAUUCGCUUACCACAGUCAUGGGGGGAAUCUCAACGUAUACCCACCCCACAGGUUAACCUAGGCGAGGCAUUCCUAUUGAGGUACUUUGUCGAAGAGCUGGCAAAGUGGUUUGACUUGUGCGACCCCGAGCGCCAUUUUGGUUUGGUCGUUCCUCAGCGAGCGCGAACUUGUGCACCUCUUUUGAAUGCCAUUCUGUCUGCAUCAGCAAGGCAUUUUACUACCCUGCUAAAAGGCCGACAAAAAGAAAUGACCGUUAAAUUCAGCCUGGAACAGGACUUGAUUAUCAGUGAAGAGGCGGUAUUGGAUUAUCAUAACCGAUGCAUUGCUCACCUGCGAUUCCUCGCCAGUGAGCCAGAUGCAAUCAUGGAUGAGAAUCUGCUGGCAGCAGUUGUUAUUCUUCGUUUCUAUGAAGAGCUUGACAACCCAUUUGCCUUUGAUUCUCCCACAGACGCUGCCGUUCGAGGACUCCAAGUCUUCAUCGAAGCCCAAGCUACUCAAGCACUUUCUUCAAAAGGGCUCCGCUCCGCUGCAUUCUGGGUUGGUUUCCGCCAGGAGUUUCACAUGGCCUUCUCCCAACAACGAUCCUUCCAUCUGCCCCUCGGAAUCUGCGAAAGCUAUCUGUCCGGGGAUGUCGCACCCGAUCAUGUUUUGGUGAAUAGACUCAUCGUAAUAUGCGCCCACAUCGUUCAAUAUUGCUACGAUGAACAAGCCCAGCGCAGUUCCAUACGCUAUGAAGAGUUGGUAAACCUCUACCACCAGUGGCUCAAGAACAGACCUGCAUCUUUUCUCCCAAUCUACUCUGCAGAUCCCAAGAAGGAGAAAGGUGGGAUCUUCCCUCGCAGGUGGUACCUGAACGACUGCCAUAUUGUUGCAGAGCAGAGUAUUGGUCUCAUCAAUAUUCUACUGACAGCGUACGAUCCGACUAUUGUGCGAGUGGGCCCAGAACAGCGAGGUGCUGUUGCAUCUCUGGAUUCUAGGCUCAGGUCAAUUGUCUUGGAAGUUUGUGGUAUAGCACUGUCAAAUCGCCAAUCUCCGACAGCACUUUUGGCUGCUUGUAUUGCGAUAACUAUAUGUGGGGAUCGAUUUUCUGAUCCAACAGAACAGAAGGCCCUGAUGGACAUUGUGAUUCACACUAUUCGGGAUAACAAUUACUGGCCGCCCACCAGCACGGAGGCCAAAUUGAAGAGGAUUUGGGGAUGGCAUUAG